CUCCCUGCCGUCAACAACUGGAUUCCAGCUAUUUGUAUUUUCAUCGCUAGCCUGCUCACGGUGAUUUACUGCGUUCGUAAAAAAACGAGUUAACCGACCUGUGUGGAUAUUUAUCCAUUUUCGUUUGCUUGAAACACACUCCAUCGAUAGCUUGUGCCGAUGUGCAGCCAAUGCGAGCUUAAGGACAGACGGGGAGCGGAGAUAACGCCUUGCAUACCGUCCUCUAGCCGCCUCUGAAACCAGCUAACACAGCUAACACUUCACUGGAGAUAACGCUAACUGGCUGGCUGACAGCUGGUCCGGUUAGCUCGUGCCUUUAACAGUAACGUAGCAAAGAUUUACUGGCUGAAACAAUGAGUCGUCUCUGACAUUGAGAGGACUGAGGCCCAGUUGGUUGUCACUGGAGUAACCAGAACCCGUAACUAGCAAGGUGGGUCUCUGUCGACCCUACGCUGGGGCCAUAGAAGAUAAGCGGGGGAACAGUUUUGACCUGCCAGAGCUGCCAAUAUGAUGCCGAUGAUAUUGACGGUGUACCUCAGUGAUGGGGAACAGGCUGUGACUGAGGUGCCCAUCACCCCUGAGACGACGUGCCGCGAUGUCGUCGAGUUCUGCAAAGAGCCUGGCGAGAGCGGCUGCCACCUGGCUGAGGUCUGGAGAGGCAACGAACGAGCGAUCCCCUUCGAGCACAUGAUGUACGAACACCUGCAGAAAUGGGGGCCUCGGAAACAAGAGGUCAAGUUCUUCCUCCGGCAUGAAGAUUCACCAACUGAGGGCAGCGAUCAAGGGAGUCAGCAGUCUCAGGAUCAGACGAGCCGCAGAAGUGGAAACACUGGAGAGAAGCACAAUGAGAAUGGGGUGGGGAAUCAGCGUGUGGAGCUCACACUGUCAGAGCUGCAGGAGAUGGCCACACGGCAGCAGCAGCAAAUUGAGGCUCAGCAGCAGAUGCUUGUUGCAAAGGAGCAACGUUUACGUUACCUGAAGCAGCAGGAGCGGCGUCAGCAGCAAACUGUUUCUGAAAGCGAGAAGCUACAGAGGCUAAAGGAACGUGUGGAGAACCAGGAGGCAAAACUCAAGAAGAUCCGGGCAAUGAGAGGCCAGGUGGACUACAGCAAGGUUAUCAACGGCAACCUGUCUGUAGAGAUUGAGCAAGUUAGCGGCCUGUUCCAGGAGAAGCAGGCGGAGUUACAGGCGGCUGUGCUGAGGGUGGAGCAGCUCAGCCUGCAGCUGGAGGACCUGCGGAGGGGGAAGCUCAACGGCAUACAGACCACACUGGGUGGCCAAGUGACCGGCACUGCAGCACUAGAGCUCCGUAAACUCUAUCAGGAGCUUCAGAUUCGGAAUAAGUUGAACCAGGAGCAAAACAGCAAGCUACAGCAGCAGAAAGAGCUUCUGAACAAGCGCAACAUGGAAGUGACACUCAUGGACAAGCGCAUCAGCGAGCUGCGGGAACGCCUCUACAAGAAAAAAGCUGAGGCACGUCAAAAAGAGAACCUCCCUCUGAACAGAGCCAAUGGGCCUCCGUCUCCCCAGCCAGCUCCUGGGACCCUGGGCCGCGUUGCUGCAGUUGGACCGUACAUCCAAGUCCCUGUACCGGGGCGUCAGGAAGGAGGCUACACCAUACCACCUGAUCCACUGAAGCCUCAGACUCUGGGUGUCAAUAAUCAAGCCAACCAUGGCCGCACUAAGUCAGACGGUGUGCGAAAGCCUCCCGGCCCUUGGAAAGUGUCUGAUUUAGACAUCGUUGUGGACCCGGUACCCCCGUCCCUUCCAGAAUCACACCCGGGCACCGGAGCCUCCACUGGCUCUGACGGCACGUCCCCUAAUGACACUGGUUGGCCUACAGUUGGCAAGACCAACACAACUCUAAAGCCUCCUGAGAGAAGAGACUCAGGGACUGAUAUCCAGGGCAAGAGCCCUCCCUCAGGCUCCCCCGGCGCUCCAAGUGCAGAAAAGGUGCUAGAUACCAAAAUGGUUGUCUCCUCCCCUGCCAUAUCCAAGCCCCAGCCGCCUCCCUAUGGCUCCCACCUAUCCUCCGCAAACUCAGCCAGCUCCUUGGAUCGCCGCAAGGAUGCGCCUCCUCCGCCUCGCCCACUCCCAAACCCGCCAGCUCCCGCUUGGCCUCGAGCCCCCCCCUCAACAGGCUCAUCCUCACAGCAGAUCCAGCAGCGUAUCUCAGUGCCGCCAAGCCCCACCUUCCAGCCUAAUACGCCGCUUUUCCCUCCCGGGCUGAGCGAGCGACUCGAUCCACCACCAGCUGUGGCAGUACGCCCCUUCAUUCCAGACAGAGGGUCACGGCCUCAGUCGCCCCGUAAAGGUCCACCUACCAUGAACUCCAGCUCCAUCUAUCACAUGUACCUCCAGCAGGCAGCGCCAAAGAGCCAGCCACUCAAGCCUGCUCUCAAAGCAGUAUAUGGGAAGCCUGUUCUCCCCUCCAGCUCGACACCCCCCUCGCCCCUGCCUUUUGUUCAGGCGGGAGGGGCCUUCCCAUUGCUCCAAGGCCAACCCACCGGUGAGGACUCUCUGGACGGAGAAUUUGACGAUCACGAGGCCUUCCAGCACCUGGAGCCCUCAGCGCCGCCUCCCAGUGUGGAGAACAUCCCACGACCACUCAGUCCUACUAAGCUAACACCCAUGGUACACUCCCCGCUGCGCUACCAAAGUGACGCUGAUCUCGAGGUGCUCCGUAAAAAGCUGGCCAACGCUCCGAGACCCCUCAAGAAGCGCAGCUCCAUCACAGAACCAGAGGGUCCCAGUGGACCCAACAUCCAGAAACUGCUCUACCAGAGAUUCAACACUCUAGCAGGAGGAAUAGAGGGAAAUGGAGUCAGUGGAUCAGGAGGUGGCAACGGUGCAGGUAGCGGAACACCGUUUUAUCAGCCAGCUAAUCCUCCUGGGUAUCUGGGAGGUGACUCUGUGGCAGAUACAGACAAUGGCAACCUCCUCUCUGAGACGCCACUACCGCCACCACCUGGGGCAGAGGAGCUGGGCUCUGAGGCUCCACCUCCAUCUACUGACGCCAAUGACAACGAGCCACUGCCCUCGCCACCAGAAGGGCUGGGCGAUGCCGCUGAAGCAGAAGGACCAGAGGACGACAACAACAACAAUGUGGGAAGUUCUGAGGCGUCGCUGCCCAGCCCCGUGCUGGAGGUCACCACUCCAGAGGAGAGUGGCACGGUGGUCUCACAGCCCCUGGAGAAACGCACAAACCUGAAGAAGCCAAACUCCGAGCGCACUGGUCAUGGGUUCAGAGUGAAGUUCAACCCUCUGGCCCUCCUGUUGGACGCCUCAUUGGAGGGAGAGUUUGACCUUGUCCAGAGGAUCAUCUAUGAGGUGGAGAAUCCAAGCACUCCCAACGAUGAGGGCAUCACACCCCUGCACAAUGCAGUGUGUGCAGGGCAUCACCACAUAGUCAAGUUCCUGUUGGAUUUUGGUGUGAAUGUCAAUGCUGCUGACAGUGAUGGAUGGACUCCACUUCACUGUGCCGCCUCCUGUAACAGUGUUCAUCUCUGCAAGCUGUUGGUUGAGUCGGGAGCAGCCAUCUUUGCAAGCACCAUUAGUGAUGUGGAGACCGCUGCAGAUAAGUGCGAAGAAAUGGAAGAGGGCUAUAUUCAGUGCUCCCAGUUUCUAUAUGGUGUUCAGGAGAAGUUGGGGGUCAUGAACAAGGGGACAGUGUACGCUCUGUGGGAUUACGAAGCUCAGAACCAGGACGAGUUGUCGUUCAGCGAGGGGGACGCCGUCACCAUUCUGCGACGACAGGACGACAGUGAAACAGAGUGGUGGUGGGCGCGACUCGAAGACAGCGAGGGCUACGUACCCCGCAACCUGCUGGGGCUCUAUCCUAGGAUCAAGCCUCGUCAGCGCUCCCUGGCAUAGUGUCCCACUCCACUGACCUCUGGCUAACAGCUGGACUAGUGACAAAAACCAAGAGCAGAGAACAAAGGAGCCUGGUGCUCCGUCUUCUCCCCGUGGCCAUAACCUCUCCUGGCCUUGUGCUUACAAAAUCCCUUUUCUCUGAAGCAGUGGGCACUGAACUGUGACACACAUAUUUACAUCUGCAUCUCUUAAACCACUCCAACAACCCCCCCACCACCACCACCACACACACACACACACACACACACACAAACAAACAAAAACACACACACACACCUGUCAACCUCUUGCUCUGUCAUUGUCCCAACUUGGUUUUACCCCGAUUCAGUGUCAGCUCUGUAUCAGACAUCAACUUGAAGAAUAAAACACUAACCCUUGUCUCAGUAUUUCUUGCAGUAUUCACACUUCUUGAGCCAUCUCCAUCUCCCUAAUGAGGUCUGUGGUGGCACUGGUUUACAUGACACUAUAUGGUGACUGGAAAAUCAUCUUUAAGGGGUGUGAAGUUGCUGAUUUUUGGCAGUGAAAUGUAAAUGGAGUUAUCAGGCAUGAAGUGUUUUUUUAAUACCAAUUUGAUCCCCAUGCACGAAGAAACAAAAAUGUGCUUAGUGUUUGAUUUUACUGUAGUCUAACCACCAAAGAUAAAUAUGGAUUUGACUAUUUGAUUUCACUUACUCCCUAAGACCUUGCAGAACUGUUGAGGUGUGAGAUAAUCAAUUGAUUAGCUGCUAUCAGUAAUUAUUAACAGCUACCAGGAGAUGAUUUAAAGUCCUGGAUAUUCUCAUGGAGCAGAAAGAUGAUGUUGGAAAUCCUCAGUAUUAACUACACAGACCAGUCAAACCAAAUCCAGUGUAUUAAAGCAAAGAUGAACAUAGAUUGACAGCCUUACAAAUUGUCAUUAAUCACAUUUCCUGAACAUCAUUGCAAGAUGUAUUUGUUUAACCAGUGUCAUCUGUCUGGGAUCUGGAUUCAGGACUGUUGUGGAUUUGUGGCAAGAAUAUGAAAAAUUUAGGAGUGAGGCUUCAGACAAUAAUUGUGUUUUUUUUUUUUCUGUAAUAUGAGAUUUCAAGAUGUAUCAAACUGUCUGAAUGAGCAGUCCAAAUAUUUAUGUGGAGUUUAUAUUUUCGGUAAUCUGAUUAUUCUUGAAAUGGAAAUGGGUAAAAAAAAAAACAAACAAACUGUAUUUUUGCUCGACCAAAAAUGGUUGCCAAAUUAACUGAGAAGCUGUAUCUGGACAAAGAAUACACACCAAAAUAUCUGUAUUUUAUUAUUAUUUGGGAAAUAAUUUGACAGAUUGAGUUUGAUCACACAUUGAGUUAUAAUUUUUAAUUUUUCACUGCAGAGGGAGGCAAGAAUCAGUUCCACAGAAACAGAGAUGUUAGUUCAUUAUGAUAUUGUCAGGUCAGAUUUGUUUUUGUUUUUUUAAUAUUGAUCAACUCAUUCACAGUAUGUAUUUUUGUAAUUAGUCCAGGAAUUUAUGUUAAGUCCCAUCUCACUUCCACUAUCCAUUUUUGCCUUUCUUGUGAUUAAACUUGACAACAUGGAAACAUCACCUUAAAGCAGUAUCUUGCUUGCAGGUAUUUAUUGAAAUACAGACAUUGCACCUCAAAAACACUGGAAUCAUCAGCCAGACCAUUUUACAAACCAUGUUCACCCACUAGACAAAGUUCAUUUUAACAGUCUAUUUUAAUAAGCUCUAUUUCUUUUUCUAGUAGCUGCUAAAUGAGUCUGGUCAUCUAACGCUGCAGUUAUUUUUCUGUGGCUGUGACAAACUCCACUUGAAACACUUAAUCUCAGGACCAACAUGGUGCUGCUGACACUGUUUCACCACUAAACUAGUGAUCAUAUUUCAGUUUUUAUUCUCAACAAACAUCACCUUCAUUUCAGCAGCAAACCAAACAAAAACACAGUCCAAACUUAAAAAACAAAAAACAAAACAGUGUCUUUCAUGGGCAUAAACUAUUGAUAAAUGAAGAGACAGUUAUGUGUGUCCGAAAUAAAUGUUCGGAUUCAGAUUUCAAAUUAGCUUCAGACAAUCCUGAAUUUGCCCCGUUCUCUUCGUCCAGCUGCCCCCAUUUCAGGUAAACACGAUUCCAGGAACACUACUGCACGUGUUAUCUGUCACAUUAUUGAACAUCUAGAGUCUUAUCAACUUGUUCUGAACCUUGAGUGACUGAGUGUUAUGCCAAGUGUGCUAGAGGCUUUAUGAUGGCUUACACCUGUACAUAGUGUGAGGAGAUGUGUUAUAUGUCUGUUUGCUGUAUGGACAAGUGGGCUUUCUGUAUAAACGCUGUACUCACACAAUAAAUUCUGUAAAUGUGAACAAUAAAACAGAAGCUCUGGCAUGAAGAAUUUCUUUCAGUUUCCUAUCAGCAAACAAUGCAGUGUUACGUUUUAUAAAGUGUAUAAAUAUUGUAAGAACCACUGGGUGGCAGUGUGACUGAAGUUUUCCUUUCUGUAAUAACAUGCUCAUGAAACAGCACUAUGCCUGAAUAAAUACAGGAUUUACUGAGAAA